CUUUCUUAUUUUCAAAUACAGAAGAGUUCUAAAGAUGAACGAAAACAGGAAUGCCCAGUUUCCAGGGCAACCACCCGGUAACUUUGGUAUGAUGAACAAUCAUACAGGGUUUGGUCCACCUGGAAUGACUGGGUUUCCCAUGAUGCAGCAGCCAGGAAUGAUGGGACCACAUAGACCUAUGAUACAGCAACCAAUUUUGAUGCAAAGUAGAGGACCUGUGAUGCAGGGAAAUAUGUUUCCCAUGCAGAUGGGCAUGAGACCAAGAGGAGCUCCACCAGGAUAUAAUCAAGCUUUGACAGACAGUUUUAGACAAAGGGGACCCACCCCACCCAGAGGACCUACUCCUAGAAAUAGGGCCCCUUUAUCCCCAGACAGUCAAAGACGUGCUCUGGAACAGGAAAAGAGAUCAAGACAGUUUCAAGAACAACAGCAGAGACUGAAGAAUUUCUCCAAAGGGCAAAGUAAAGUUGAUGCUGAUUCAUUGAUAGAGUCAAUGUUUGGAAAGUCAGAGAAAUCGGCACCAAGAAGCAGUCCUGUCUCUCCCCCAGUCCAAGCAAAUCCAUCAGGUACAAAUCAAGUGGACGACAGCUUUGGUGAUUUCCUUGGUGGCCCCUCGAUUCCUCCUGCUGGUCAGGAAGGUUCCCAUGACAACCAGAGUGUAAACAACCCAGAGGCAAAACCCAGCAUUUCAGAAGAGAAUGCCAAGGAUGGGAGUUUGUCGACACUUACUGAAAACAUUCCCCAGAAAGAAGAAAAAAAAGACCUUAUGGCGAUGAUGUUUGAGUGUUCUGAUCUUUCUGCUCCAAACAAAGCAAAAACAUUCCACAAGCCUUCUCUGAAGGAGUUAGCCCCCACGCAGCACCAGCACCAGACAUUCCAGCAGAGUCGCCACGCCCACCAGUGGAAGCCAGAGGAGAAUCUGAAUGAGCUGUUUACGGUCCAAGAUCCUGCUCCAGUAUCAGCUCCACCCACUUCUCCACAAGCUCCACCCACUUCUCCACAAGCUCCACCCCAGACUGUCCAGGUUCAAGCCCCACCUCAGGCUGUUCAGGUUCAAGCUGCUCCUGUCAAGUUUGAGGCCCCUGCCUGGUGCUAUGAGGAUGACAAAGUGCCCUAUGUAUAUAGACAAGUUCUGGAGGCAGCUACAGUUGAUGGUGAAAUCUCCACGGACAGACUGUACCCGAUUCUAGUUCUGAGUGGUCUACCUAAGGAGACCCUCGGGCAGAUCUGGUCACUGGCCAACCAGAAAACACCAGGGCAGCUGAUUAAACCCGAGCUUUACCUCAUACUGGCUCUGAUUGCCUUUGCUCAGAAAAACAUCACGUCACUAUCGCCAGAGAUGUUGAGAAAAUGCCCCCACCCCCCUGUUCCUUUCCUUGGCCAGCAGACUCCCCCACCCCCGCAAUUUAUCGGUACGUCAGGGAUGACUGACCUACAUACACAGAGCGCUAUAGCCACAGGGAAUUCUGGGAUGCCUGACACCAUGCCAGUAAUUCAUGACUCUCAACCACAUUCGACAGCAGGGAAUUCUGGGACAUUUGGCGUAAUCCCGACAGUGCCUGGAAGUCAGACAUUAACAGCAACUGAGAAUCCUCCUUUAAUUGGAAAUCAACCACACCCGGGUCAAGGUACCACUGGGGUGGGAGUUGUCGGAUUUCCUGGGUCUGACUUAGUUGCAACUGAUUCGAAUAAAAUGGAGGAUAAUGAUUUUGCAGAUUUCCAGGAGGCACCCAUUUCUUCUGCAACAGCCCCAUCAAGUUCACCAAAAAAAUCAAGUAAACUUAAAAAAGAACCUGAGUACUUGUAUAGUGUUCCUAAACCAGAGGACCUACCCAUUGAGAUGAUGCCUAACAUGGAUCAUUCCAAUGUCUCCAACUUUUUUGGCAGUGAUGACUCAUCAGAAGAUGACCUGUUGAGUAAUGGUAGACAUGGGAGUUCCGACAGUGUUUCAGCUUCUCCACAACGAAAACUUGUAACUGGCAAGAAAGGUGCUUCAACUCCGAUCAGCAUGGACGAGGACUUUGAUGACUUCAAAUCUGCAGAUAGCAAACCCAGUGACAGCAGCCAAUUUACUUCAUCUGAGCAGUCAGAAAACGAAGACUUCAAAGUACUGGAGUCGUACCUCGAUGACUUUAACCGAAAGAAAUCUGAACAAGAGACGCAGCAUGAAAGUCCGCUUCACCGGCCUCUCCCAAAGUUCACCAGCCCCCAGUCAUCACAGCUCCCUAGCAACGCAACACUGUCAGCCAUCCCAGCAGCCAGAAAUCUGUGGUCUAAACCACCAGUCAUCAAGAAGGAGACUUCAAAAGCACAAACAGAUUUACCAAAGGCUCACUUGGGCUUGUCACCCCCAGAAUCUUCUGAUUCCGAUUUUGCAGAUUUUCAGAGGGCCCCAAGUACACAGCCAUCUGGUGCCCCACAGCCACAAGACACCGACGAUUUGAAGGCCUCACAGAGUGACAACUGUUUGAUUGGAGAUGAGGACAAGUAUGCAGCUCUAAGAGCUUUUGAUAUCAUUGAAGACAACACAAAGCCAGUGGUGUCCUCCAUAUUUGAUAGUAAACCUGCUGUUGAGAGUGAGGAGGAUUCCUGGGCUGACUUUCAGGCUGUGUCUACAGAUGCUAAAGUUGAUGAUAUCAAACAGAUUAAUGGUGAAACUGAUGUGCUGGAGACUGACUUCGGCAGUAACACACAGAAUGAGUGGUCAUCAUUUUCAACUUCAGCUAAUGUCACUUCUAAGGAUGAUUCUGAUUGGUCAGAGUUUGGAAAUGGAGCUGGGGCAACAAGUAUUCCAAAAGAUGAUUGGUCAAGUUUCUCAAAAGGGGAGGCAGUAAAAGAUCAACAAAAAGAUGAGUGGUCAAGUUUCUCUCAGGGGGAAGUAACAAAAGAUGGAGACAAAGAUGACUGGGCUUCAUUUCAUUCUGCAGCUGGAAGUAAUGACACAAUUCAAAGUCAGGCGCCUCAACUGGUAGAAGUUAAAAAGCAAAACUUACAAACAAAAGAUAUAAUGGGAUUGUUCAAAGUGAAGGAAAAUCCCGUCAGUAUUGUAUCUAGAGAUGAUUUUAUGGAACCUGAAAUGGAAAUAUCACCAGCAGUUCAAGUAAACAGUAGUUUGCAGAAGUCAAAGAAGCUGUCUUCUGAUUCCGACCUGGAUGAUGAUCAUACCAGAGCUCCUCCACCCAUGGAUUACGUGGAUGAAGAGGAUGAUGCCUUUGGUGACUUUAGUCGAGGUUAUGACCUGGAUGAGGUUGUGAAUACGCCGGUAGCUCAGGAGGAAAAGAAAAAGAAUUUGUACAACUUUUAUGGAAUGGAUGUUCCAUCCAGUAAAUCAAAGUCACAGGACGUGACUAACAAAACAAUGUCGGAUUCCAAUGAACCUGACUCUUCAAGUGUAGCUGGAAACAUAUCUGGAUUUGCUAGUAAUCCAGCCAUCUCUGAAGAUUCCAUAUCUACCUCUAGUCUUGAGAUACCUGGAUUGAAAGGCCGAGUUCCAGUUGUUAAAGAUAUGGACUCUCAGUCAAUUUCCAGUAAUGAAUUUGGUAAUUUUGAGACUCAUCAAAAAUUUUACAUUAAUCCAGAAUCCAAAUCAAUAGACAGUCUGGAUUUAAAGAAAGAGGAGGGAAAAUCUGUAAAUAAUCUGGAAAUUCCUGAAGAUGAAGUCAAACAAGAAAAUGUGUCUAAUGAAAGAGAUGAAUUUCCACAAUUUUCAGAACCAGUGCUGCCACCUGUCAGUAAAGGGACAGACCCACUUCCUGUUCUGGGAGACAGAUACAGUUGUUUGAUGGAGGACAUACCAGGAAGUGACAAACAUAUGCAUGAAUGGCAGAAAUGUCUAGAGAAGUGCUACAAAGUGAUCAAAGACGCUAAUACCGUGUUCAACUCUAUCAGUAGUUCAGCAGUGUGUAAUGAAGUCAUUACUUCUGAGCAGGGCUCAGACUAUGUCAAAGGUAUUGUUGAAAUCUACAGAGUUGCCAGCAGAAUCAAUCUGUCUAUUGGGUCCACAGGACUCUUCAAUGAGAAAUUGAAAAAACAAAUGAAAGAUAUAGACUUGGUAUGGAAUAACUUGGCGGCUUUCCUUGUUGGAGGCAACAUGAUGCCUGAUGAUAAAGACCUAGACUUCAAAACUAGCAUUUUGAAAUCGGAUGACCAAGUUUCCCAGUUCCGAGCCUGUGGUGUGUGCUUAUUAGACGUCGAUGCCGCUUGUAAAGACUUUGACAGCGAGGAACAGUGUGCCAAACUAACAUAUGGAGGGCGCCAGUACCAUGCAGUGUGUGCUAAUUUAUGGGUCAACCACGUGGACAGUAUGCUUCCUGCUCUGAGGUUACCAGAGCUGUUAUGAUACGCUGAUUCUUCAGACGAUGCUCCCAGCAUAAAUGUUCUUAUAUUGUUAUGCGAGAGAUUUACUUUUAUGGUACAUUGUUUUCAGUUUCUAAAUUCCGUGAAUAGUGUAAAUCUGGAAACUUUCACAUUCAUUCAGUUUUACAAAAAGCAACCGAUUUAUUUUUUGGAAUGAAAAUUUAAUGGCAAAUCCAAAUUUUGUUGAUAAAAUUCAUAAUGAGUAUUUUUUUUUAAAAAAAAUAUAUUGGUACAUAUUUAUAUCCAAUAGAGGCACAAAAUUGUUUUUUAAAAAAAACGAAUUAUCUUUUGCAGAAAUAGCCAGAUUUACAGUAUGUAUUUUGGAGAAACAUUAAUAUCACACAAAAAAAGUAUUUCUAGGCUGUCCAUACUAGUGCUGUGAGUUAUCAAUGAAAGAGUUAUCUUUCUUAAAGUACCUGAAAAUACGUAAUUUGCAAAUAGUAAGCAAAUGGUCCAAUAACAUGUACAAUAUAUUUUUGAAUGAAGUAACAAGAAAGAACAUUUUUGUAUAGCAUAAUAAUACUGUGGAAUUGCCACUGUUCGUAGAGGAUCAAUGUUUGUGGAGUUCGUAGGUCACCCGUAUCGCAGAAUUUACAUCACCAUGGAGAUUGAUACACAAUUUUAAGUUUCUUCCUUAAAGCUGGAAUUUAUUUAUAUUAGGUAAUCUGUAUUUGUAAACAACAUUUUUUUAGUCACACUAUUGAUUUUUAUAAAGAAUUGAAUUGUUCAUUUCAGAAAGAGAACUAAUUUACUUUAAUUUAAUUAUUAUUUAUAACAUUUAUACAAUGUAAAUAAGCAGUAUCACUUUAUGAUUGCAGUCACAAUUAUAAACAAAUUACUGUCAAACAAGUUUUAACUGCGUCAGUUGGUUUUGGGGUUGAUUCAGUAAGCCAUAAAAUGAUGUCCCCCAUGAACCAGUAAAAUUCUGGUUCUCUUUGACAUUUACCUCCACAAACAAUGCCGAUGUUACAGUAAUAUCUCGUUUCAUACUAUAGAGCUCACUGCAAAAGUGAAGAUAUGUUCUGUUUAUUUUAUUUAUGGUGUUGCAUUGGUGUGUGUCUGUAAUAUAAACAAGAGUAGCUGUGAUUCCCUUCAUUGUCUUUAUCAUUGCCAUUUUCAUCUUUCCUUUGCAAAACAACAUUCUAAAACUGUUGUAGAUCAAAUGAACUUAGGAUAUUAGUAUGUCAGUACUAAAUACUAUGAUAUUAGUAUGUCAGUACUAAAUACAUGCAUUUUAUGUAUAUGUCAACAUUCCGUAUCAUAGAAAUAUCUGCCCUGUACCCUGUUUAGAACUUUUUGUAUGUUUGUGUACCAGUUUUUUGCACUUGAGUCCAUUUAGCAGAAGGAAGGUCAUUUAUAAGAUAGCUUUACAUCUAUAGUGCUGAGGCUGUUAUAGUGUUGCUGGAUGGGAUCCUGGGUUCAACAUAAAAUGACCUACAGAUAAAUUAUUAACUGAUACAAAUUACAGUCAAAUCUUGUUAUCUCAAACUCAAUGGGACGGAGGUUAAACUUUGAGAUAUCUGAGAAUUCAAGAUAUCGAGGGUAAAAUACUUGAAGAAAAAGUUGUUGGGACUUCCGAAUCACUUCCACAUAUCCAUGAUAUUCGAGAUCUUUGUUUGAGAUACUGAAGUUGAACUGUAUUUUAUUUUGCUUGAUUUUUGAGUUUUAUAACUAGGCUUUGUGGGUUGUUUCUCCCUGUCUUUGUAUUGCUUCUUCUGACAUAGUCCAAUGAAUUUCUUUGGUUUAUCUUCUUCUUACAUAGUCCAAUGAAUUUCUUUGGUUUAUCUUUGCCCUGUGAAGGUUUAUCAUCUGUAAUUACAAGCUGUACUGUAUAAAAUUCCUAGGAAUGGGCACAUGACUUAUCAGAAGUAAUGUGCAGUUUCUUUAUACAUGUUUAACAGAAAUCUGUAGGAAGGAAUUGAGCUGGUCUUACAAUUUUCUGCAGAUUCUGUGAUAAUAUUAAUCUUGCUGAAGGUGAUGCGAAUGUUAUUUUUUUAAAUGUUACUUUCAAAGCAAAACACGGAUUUGUCAGUUUUACUGACCUGCAAAACCAAAUGUAGAACUUCAUGUGGCAUAGUGUUUUGCCUAUUUGUAGAAAAUGAUGAUUGCAAUGCAGUCGGAUGACACUUGGUAACAAUAUGGUGAAUAAGUGUAUUUAUAUGUGCAUACAUUCAUAGGGCAUUGCUUGUAGAGAGAAAAUAUUCAGCUUGGUCGUUUCCUUCCUGCAUUUAGUAUUGAACAUUCCAAAAUCAAAUGAUUUAUAACUGUACAAAUAAAUUGCUGUGAAGGAUUUUAUGCUGAGAAAGUAUGUGCUAAUACAUGUAUAUGGGAAUGUGUUGCUUCUUUAUUUAAAAGAUAAUGAAAGAAAUAUGUAAAAUGUAUAAUGACCCUUUAAUGACAGUUUGAAAUAAAAAAACCUCUGUAGAUUUGUAUUUGAACUCCAUAUCAUCUUCGCAAACCAAGGCUUUUUAGUCCACUUGGUAGCGGACUUAAAACCCUUGGCUUGCGAAGAUGACUCCAUAUCAGAUUUAAUUUCUUUUCUGUAAGUAAGCUAUUUGAGAUGAUUUAAGCCAAAUUGUAUACUAAUUUGCCUCUUUCUUUUCUAUAUUUGUUUAGAGUGUUGUUAAAUGUAAAAUGUAUAAAUUGGUGAUGAAUAUUUGAUAUUUAAGAUAUCGAUGAAUAUUUAUAUUUGAUGUUAUAAGUACUUGUUACUGACACUAGUGCAAUAUGUUCAAGCUGUAUUUAAGAACAGUGAUUGUUCAAUAAACAUUUCUGUAUUCUGUAA